AUGACCACGAAGAUUUACUUGCCUGACACCCUCGCCCACUGGAGAUGGCCCCGCCGUAUCAAUCCCCACUAUCUCGAAGUCAAGGAGGAGGCCGCAGCGUGGAUAGCAAGCUUCAGAGUGUUCAGCCCGAAAGCUCAACGCGCUUUUGAUCUCUGCGAUUUUAAACACCUUCGCACUGGUUGCGACUUCAUGAACCUACUGCUGUUGUUUGACGAAAGCUCUGACGUCGAAGACGCAGCCGGAGUUCAAUUGCAAGCCGAUAUCAUCAUGGACGCAUUGUGUAAUCCCCACAAACCACGCCCGGCUGGAGAGUGGAUAGGCGGCGAGAUCUUCAGACAGUUCUGGGAGCGUGCGAUCAAGACUGCUAGUCCCCAGUCGCAGAAGCGUCUAGUGAAUGCUUUUAGCACCUAUACCCAAUCCAUGGUGCAGCAAGCAGCAGACAGAUCGCAUGCGCAUAUUCGCGACAUUGAUAGCUACCUGCAAGUGCGACGCGAGACGGUGGCCACAAAACCUGCAUUCGCGUUAUUCGAGCUCGACAUGGACCUGCCUGAUGAGGUCGUUAACCAUCCCGUGAUCCAAGAUCUGUCCAUUUGGGCUGCAGAUAUGCACUCUCUAGCAAACGAUAUGCUGUCCUACAAUGUCGAGCAAGCGAGAGGCGACGACGCACACAAUAUAGUUACCGUCGUGAUGAACCAGCUCAAGACCGAUAUAGCAGGGGCAAUGACGUGGGUGGAAGGCUACCAUAAGGAGCUAGAGCGCAAAUUCAACGAGCAUUUCGACAAGGUGCCGCAGUGGGGAGGGCUGAUCGACGUGCAGGUGGCGUUGUAUAUGAACGGAGUGGGAAAUUCAGUGAGGGCCAACGAUCAGUGGUGUUUUGAGAGCAAGAGAUAUUUCGGUAACAAGGGGCUGGAGAUUCUGAAGACACGGUAUGUGACCCUGAUGCCCAAGACGCAUGCUGAUGAGAUGGGUCCCCAAGUUAUCGAUGAUUCGGUUCUGUAA